AAGAGCGCGGUGCCGCGGCGCACGGAGAAGCCCGUCAUGGGCCUGAAGACUUCCAAGAACUUCAUCACGGCCAACGCCGUCGAGGCCAUUUUGCAGGUCCCGACGGUCAAGUACACGGCCGAGCCCGACUACCUGAAGAAGGCGGACUACGCGCAGGUGCCCGCGUACCUCGGCCAGGUCAAGGAGGAGAUCCGGCGAGAGAACGAGAUGAUCGACGCCUACGUCAAGGAGCAGAUGGGGCUCAACACGGAGGAGAAGGAGGACCUGUCGGAGCUCCUCGCGGACGACGAGCGGAGCCGGCUCAUCUCCGCGCUCAAGCGCAAGUGGGACGCGGUCAACGCCAAGUACCAGAAGAUGACGCACAACGUGAAUCUGGACACGGUCGGCAAGGUCAAGAGGAAGGAGUCCAUGGAGAAGGAGCUCAAGCAGCUCGAGGCCGACAUCGGCAAGCUCGAGAAG